AUGUUUGAUGAGCGUCAACGACGUAGCAAUAUCAUUCAUCACCUCUUGAGCAACGCUUUGGUCACGACCUUGAAGCUUUCGGGGUGCAGCGGGCCAAGGCUAGGACAGGCAAGAAAACGAAAAAAAAAAUUGCGGCAUAGGUUACAAAGAGAUUUGGUUAGGUUCAAUAUAGACUUAUUGUAG